AUGAUUCCGUUGACGGAGAUGAUGGAACAUGCCCUGCCAAAAGAGCACAACGACCAGGUGUGCCGAUUCUCGCAGUUCGUGAUGGACACAUCUACACCGACCGAAUCACUCACCGAGUUGCCGGAGGUGUUCAUUGCAAGUGUGGAUCCAGAUUACCUUGUACUGAAAUCACUGCUGAGACCUAAGCGAAUAGCGCUUCGGGGUGGCGAUGGACGUCGAUAUUUAAUUAUGUGCAAACCAAAUGAUGAGUUACGCAAGGAUGCUCGUUUCAUGGACGUGAAUAGGAUGAUGAACAGCUUGAUGAGGCAGAAUGCGGACGCUCGCCGACGUCAACUCACAGUCCGAACCUUUAGCGUCAUUCCUCUACAGGUAAUACUUGAGUUAGAUGAGUUUAAUUGUGUC